AUGCUCUUUAUAUCUUGUCAGGUUGCAUCAAAAAUCUUCAGAUCGCUGCUUCGCCCCCCUUCGCCAGCUUCGCCAUGGGUCGCCGCUUUUCAACGGCCACCGCAGUAUCAGAAGUGUGGGACAGUCACCAGGCCACCCAUGGCCACCCUCCACCGGCCAUGUUGCGUGCAAAAGGUGUCAGACGAUGAAUCUGAUGGGACCGGAGACCUCUCCCAGGCCAGAAGACAGAGCAUCACGGAAUCGGAGACCAGCAAGCAAAGCAACCAGGAAUGCCCACUAGAGGUGCAUAGCACAAAGUCUCUCAAGCAGGUGACCUGGUUGCAGGAACAGAAUGUGGAGGACGACCAUGCAGACAAGGUCAAUCAGUGGAACAAAGAGCAGGUGGAUAUUGAGCUGAACAAAUGUGCAGCCUUGACGAGCGAGGCCAGUGCUUCAAGUCCACAAGCUGGCGACCAAAGCACGAGGUUGCCGGAGACCUCUGUGGCUGGUGAGGUGGACGUUAACGACAUGAGCAAAGAGGACCUGGAAGAUGCAGUGAAGCGAUGCACAAAGAUUGCAGAACUUCUGAAUCAGAGACUUCAGGAGCAAAAGGACACGGAACAGACGGCCCAGAGAGGCCAGGUCAACUUGCCAGAGCCACCGGCCGAGGUCGCCAGCACCGAAGUGCAGGAUGCCAGGCCUGAGCAGCACGCGGAUGAUAGCCACUGCGAAGCGGAGGCCAGUAGAGGAAGACCACGAUCGUUGCCGCCAAGAAGAGGUGAAGCUAGAAAACCGCAGCGGCGGCCCAUGUCAGCCAAUCCUUUGCAAGGCCCAGGCUGGCUGCAAAUGGAGGAGGAGCUGAGUCCACGGGCCUUGCGGAGCCUUCCCAACCAGAAACCUUUGAGCAGCUGGAGUGUGGAGGAUGUCUAUCGCUGGACACUGCAGGUGGCCAGUUGUCCUUUGGAUGUGGCGGAGCGGUUGAGACAUCAGGCUGUAAAUGGGUUGGUGCUGGCCUCUCUGACUGAACAAGACCUGGAGAACAUGGGUGUAUCCAAGUUUGGCUGGCGUCGCCAGCUCGUGCUUCUGGCGCGCUGUUUGCAAGACAAGGCUCCCACUCAACAAGUGCAGGCCCGGCAGGCCUUUCAACCAAUGGCACAAAGGUCAAUGCCGCCACAACGGUUUGAGGCCCCCAUGCAUUUUCAGCCGGGCAUGCCACAGCCCAAACAUGAGCAAGGGAGGAUGUUGUCACCGACCUUCUGGCAUCCGCAGCCAGUUGCAAGGUCUACCUUGCCAGCUCAUUUCAAGCCCUUGUGGGUGGGUAAGUCACAAGCUUUCACCGUUGCCAGGGGCCAACCACAACGUGCUGUUGAGGCACCAAAUCGUUUCCAGGUGUUGCCAGUGUAUGCUGCUUCCUGAGGUUCGUGGCCCUUUAUUCACGAGAAGCUCUGAGUGUAAUGUGUUGCGUUCACAGGUCCAGAGAGGGUUCCGCAGGUAGGUCCAUCUUAGAUUCAUGGCCCAAGGAGAUCAACACUUCCUGCAUUGAAGGCAAAACCAGAGAAAGUGCAUGAUGUGUUGAU